CACCCAGCUUGGCAGGAGCUUUGGGGGGGGGGUCCAUGCCCUGCAGCUGGCUCUGUGCAUGCACUUGGGGGGGCCCUAGGUGCCCCCCACCCCCAUUGCAGCUGGCUUGGUGCAUGCAGCCAGGGUCCCCCCCAUUGCAGAGCUGGUGCCCACCCCUGGUCUGCUAGUGGCUGGGGGGGUCCAUGCCCUGCAGCUGGCUUGGUGCAUGCACAGGGGGGGGCCCCCCACUGCAGAGCUGGCUCCCGCACCCGGCCCAUCAGCCGUGGGGCACCGGCAGCUCGCCCCUGGGCUCAGGCCUUGGUUGUGGGCCCGAUGCGGGGGCGAUGGCGUGGCGGGGGCCACCGCGGGCACCGGGGCUGGAGGGGAGGCCACGUAUCUCCCUGCCCUCAAACUGCGCUUGCCCGCAGAGCUCGGACUGCGCCGCCUCCGACGACCGGGCGCUGAUCCGCGCCUACGACCGAGCCGUGCGCUCCUGCAAGGAGGCCUCGGGAGCCCGCGAGGACGCGGCGUCCGACAGCUCCAGCUCCUCGACGUCGAGCGGGGCUGAGAGCGAGAGCGAUGAGGAGGAGGAGGAGCGGCGGCGGCAGGGGGGAGAGGCGGCGGCCCCGGGGGGGCUGACGUACCCGGCCCGCGUCGUCGCCCUGAGCCCUGCCGAGGGCACCUGCGUGGUGGAGUAUGAGCGCUACGGGAACCGGGAGGAGCAGAGCCUGCGGGACCUGCUGCCUCCCGACCGGACCCCCGACAGCUCGCCGCGGCCCGGCAGGACGUGGCAGGUGGGCGACGCCUGCAGCGUGGUCUGGUCGGAGGACGGGCUGCUGUACCCGGCCACGGUGCGGUCGGUGGACACCGAGGCAGGGACGUGCCUGGUGGAGUUCGACGGCUACGGGAACCAGGAGGAGCAGGCUUUGGAGGACCUGCUGCCCGCAGAGAGCUCCCUGCAUGGGCACCCUGCCAGCGAGGUGGAAGAGGAUGCACACGGGGUCCCCCGGAGGCCAAGCCCCCUCCCCUCCUGGCAGCUGCCCCACGGCAGGAGGAGGCCGAGUACCACAGGGAAGUGGGCACGCCACUUGCCACCCCUGCCUCUGCCCUCCAAGAGCAGCAACCGGUGGCCCGGCCUAUCCCUGCCCCCACCCUGCCGACCCCCCUGGCCCCCGCUGGUGCCCCCACCGCCGCCCCAGGACCCGCUGUGCCCAGACUGUGAGGAGGAGGAUGCCCUGGCCUGCAUGCUGCUGAGCUGGCACCUGAGUGGGUACCACACCGGCUUCUACAUGGGGCUGCGGCAGGGCCGGGCCGAGGCAGUAAAGUCCGCGCCGAAGCCGGCGUCACGGCAGAAGGCGGCGUCAUCACGCAGCUAGGAGCAGUUGCAGACCUUUGCUCGCCCCUCGGGGUGGACGGGGCGGCCCCCAGGCUGGGCUGGUCCUGCACUGUUCAUCUGUCCUGCGUCUUGGAGCCACGACUCCAGCCCUGCACUGACCAGGCCAGGGAGCAGCGUGCGGCUGAGCUGGGGCGUCGCUGGCACUGCCUGUCCCCCGGGCACCACGCAGCCCGGGCAUGGUGCCGCAGGCGCGGACUGUCUCUCCAAUAAACCCAGUUUGUCAGGC